AUGAACCAGAAAGUCUUGCAUAUUGCAUCUUUGUGCAUGGAAAUCAUAAAGGAUCCAGACAACUGCCUGAGGAAGAUAGGCGAGGUUCUUGUAGAAGCAAAUAAAGACACAUCUGAUGAGACAAGGGGACUUGUGUAUUUAUCUGUGUUGAAAGUAUUCAAGGCCAUUAUUCCAUUGUACAAGGUACGAACUCUAAAGGAUGUUGUCAAGGAUAAAAGAGAAAGCAUGCACCUGAAAGAGCAUGAUAAAGCGCUUCUUAAAUGGUACACAGAUUAUGUCAAGAUACUGAUGGGAGAUAAGUCUGAUGCGAGCUACGUUUCCCUGUGUGAGCUUUUGAAGCAUUUUGAUCACUUCAACUGCACAGAUAAGAUUGUAUCGAGGAUUCUUGAGGGAUCUAUGGGAACUGGGCCAGUGCCUGAGAUGUGCUGUGAAACAAUCAGAUUGAAGCUACAAGAUGAUUGGACCGGAGAGCUGAUAAUUGUGAUAAUCAACCAAAUGCUCGAUUAUGACUACAAUCCUGUUGUUCUGGAGUAUCUUUUAAACGUCCCACUUGUGGAGAAAUCACUGAAGUCUGACAAGCAAAGAGCCUCUGACUAUUGGAGAGAGAACAGACCUGCAUCUAAAAGAAGCGAGAAAGAAACUAUCUUUGUUAGGAAGCGGGUGUUUGACAAAAAGCUAAGGAAAGUAGAAAAGGAAAGAUUAAUCGCACAGUCAGAAGCAAGAGAUGAAGAGGACAUUGAAGGCAGAAUUGAGGAGAUAAACAAUUGCAAAAAGAUACAUGAUGCAAUUCUCAGGGUUUAUUUUACUGUUCUUAAAAGCAACAGGUACGAUUGCUACAAAAGCAUAUUUUUAGGGCUUACAAAAUACAAGAACAUUAUUCGUCCGGAGUUUAUGGAAGGACUUUAUUUUCUGCUGUGUAACAAUCUGGACAAGCUGUGUUCAGAUUCAACGAUUCAGGCAGUGAAGUGCGUGAUGAUUCUUUAUGGCUCUGAAGGAUAUGACUUUGAAAAACUUGUUAAUGCAAUGUAUAGGGUGAUAUACCCGAUGAAUAUGGAAGCAAUCUGCAUUCCUGAGGUUGUGAAGGCAGUCAGGCUUUUAUUUGUGCACAAAAAACAACCUUCUCACAGAGCACGAGUUUUUGCACGAAGGCUUAUGCUGUACGGAUGUGCUAGAUUCGCACCUGAACUAGGAAAACUGGCUAAGGAAAUUUCCAUAGUCUAUGACUUUGAGUUUUCAGAAGCGAGCAGCUCAUUAGUUAGAGAUGUUGAUCCUGAGUGCACAAAGGUCGACUAUGUUCCUGAAGCUCCGUUCUUUGAGCACUUCCUUUUAAAGCAGAUAAUAUGA